GUUUUUGUCCUUUUCUGAAGCGAUGCCCAAGGUGAAAAGGAGCAGAAAACCUCCUCCAGAUGGCUGGGAAUUGAUUGAGCCAACCCUAGAUGAGCUGGAUCAAAAAAUGAGAGAAGCUGAGACCGAACCACAUGAAGGAAAAAGAAAAGUGGAAUCUCUUUGGCCCAUCUUCAGAAUUCAUCAUCAGAAAACACGCUAUAUUUUUGAUCUCUUCUAUAAAAGGAAAGCCAUUAGUCGAGAAUUAUAUGAAUAUUGUAUCAGAGAAGGCUACGCGGACAAAAACCUGAUUGCAAAAUGGAAGAAGCAAGGCUACGAAAAUCUCUGCUGCUUACGCUGCAUCCAGACUCGCGAUACCAAUUUUGGAACCAACUGCAUUUGUAGAGUGCCCAAAAGUAAACUGGAAGUGGGGAGAAUAAUCGAGUGUACUCACUGUGGCUGCCGAGGCUGCUCUGGAUGAAACAUUCUUCAAAAGCAACUCCAACUUUUUAAAGAUUUUAAGUGACUUGUUACCAUCAAGGACUGUUCAUAAGAACUAUUUUUUUUCACAACAGACCUGUGAGAUGAUUCCCUUUGCCUCCCGCAAUAGAAUAAUUGUGUAAAUGCAUAUGAUGUUUUGAUGUCCUACAUUGUCAUUGUAUUUUAAAAUAAAGUCUUGCCUGCUUCUCCCAAAUGAUAA